CACCAAGACUCAUCCAUUUUCUCUGGCAUGGCCAUUCCUUCCGUCUUCAGCGAGAACCAACUCUCAACUUUUCUCAAAUACGUGGGCCUGCCUCUUUCCCUUCAACAGCAACGAUGCUCUGGCGAUGCAUCCAAAGACCUCCACUUCCUCACUCGACUCCACACCCAUAUGAUCUCUACAGUCCCCUACGAGAACCUUUGGCUGCAUUACAACCCCAAGCAUACGAACACUAUCAGGCCGCAGGACACCUAUUCUAAUGUCGUCAUCAACAACCGUGGACGGGGAGGUUAUUGCUUUCAGGUGUCGAUAUUCUUUAACCACAUUCUCCGCGGGUUAGGUUUCCAAGCAUACCUCACCGCAGUCCGGAUUCGGCUUCGAGUUGAUGGCAUUCCACAGGGCGACUACGGCGGCUGGCGACACCUGGUCAAUAUCAUCACUCUUUCCGACGGUACAAGAUGGUCAAUGGACGUUGGCUUCGGUGGCGAUGGCCCGACAGCACCGAUUCAACUCAUCCACAAUCACCCGCAAAAGAACCUAGGCAGUCAGGAGAUACGAUUAUGGCACGAUUGGAUCCCCAUGCAGCUGCUCAGAACGACGGAGACGAAACUCUGGAUCUACCAGUUCCGCAAUAGCGCCCAGAAAGAGUGGAAUUCCUUUUAUGCGUUCUCUUCCGAGGCAGAAGCCAUGGAGGCCGACUUUCAUAAUCUGAACUGGUAUACAGGCGCACAUCCUGAAAGCUUUCAGACUUAUACUUGCCUCGUCGUCAAGUUCCUGCGUCGCUUGAAGGAGGGUAGCGCAGACGGCAACGAAGCGGAUGAAAAAAUCUAUGGCAAGCGCAUGUUGGUCAAUGGUGUUGUUAAAGAGAACCUGGGAGGUAGAACUAGGGUCGUCGAGGAUUGUAAGACAGAACAACAAAGGUUAGUGGCAAUGCAGAAGUGGUUUGGGAUGACGUUUACCGAGGAAGAACAAUCUGGCAUUCGGGAUUGGGGGACAGAGUUAAGAGGUGAGGGAAGUGAGGAUAUAAUUGAGAAACUGGGGAAGAGAGGCGAUAUUUGGGAGGCUCAGAGGGGAGAGGGUUGGCAAUGGAAUUGGAAAGGGCCUGCUGUGGAAGGAUAGAUGUAGCAGCUGCUGGGCUAAGCAAGACGUUCAUAAUGCCUACGUCCGGGCUCUACGAUACGCACAGAAAAGACCCCGGCCACGGCUUCACCACCCCACUCCUCGAGUGCGACGAUACAGUCACGCCAGAGCGACACACACUGCGCGCGUGGUCC